AUGCAGGGAUUGAAGAGGUGCAGUGUGUCUUUAAGGGCGCGUGCUUUACAAAAACUCUGCGAGGUCAAUGGGCCCGAAGACUCACCCUUAUCAAAGUUGAUAAACUCACUACCCAUAUCCUAUUCCUCGAAUGUCUCAAAGUUGUACUCCAUUCCACUCACUCUUAAAGAAUUUGAAAUUAUUAUUGCUAUUUGUGAUGCAAGUCCAAAUGAUGUCAAAACUGUUCAAUCGAUUAUUGAUACCUUGAUUCGUCCAUAUUUUGUUAAUUGUUCCAAACAAAAAUUUACAGAUGUGGUAUUAAGCAAAUUCAAAGUCAAUGGGUUCAAGAACCCGCUUGAAGUAUUAAGUCACAAGAUGACUCUGUUCUUACUUAGAGCCAGCUCUAGCUUCUCUACUCUAUCUGUUACUGUGAACAAGAUAUUUGAAGAAUACUUGAGUACUGUAAAGUCAUCAAUUGAAGUUAAUAGCUUAGUCUCGUUAUUAGGCUACAUGCAAGCAAUCUCUGAUGAACUUAAGAAGUCAAAAGAAGUCUACGACAUCCAUUGGACCAUUGUUUUUGGUUUAUCUAAAUUGCUUGAUUCAGAGUUUUUAUUGAAUUCAGAAACUCUUUUGGCUAAAUCUGUAUCAAAUGACAUUUUAGUUGAUUAUUAUGACAACCAUAGGGAAAUAUGCGCCUUACGCUUUGCCCAAAUGCUCUCACAGAUUAAUGUGAACUUAUUAAGGACUCUCUUUCGCGUCGAGGAUCCAAUGGAGCUAUCAGAAUAUCUUCUAAAAAUUCAAGACCUAGAGUAUCAGGAGAAAACUGACACUAUGAAGUACGCUAAUUUCAAGACUAUCAAUCGUACGUAUUCAAAAGAAAUCAGCAGACUGACAUCUACUGCAGCUAGAUUCAUUAUAGCUAUAGAUGACGGCGCUCCGUACAUGAAUUUGCAAACGUACAACACAGUUGCAUUGGCAUACUCUUGUAAAAUAAGAAAUAUGGAAAUUCUCACUUUUUCGUUGGUUUCUGAAGAGCCAGAAAGUGCCAUUUUAUCAAGAAGAUUGAUAUUUAUUACCUCACAUGAAGUUGAAACAUUGCAAGCAACUGUUCGCAUGGAGAAUCCUACAUUCUUAAAAACAAUUGUUAAUAUUGCUUCAUUAUUGAAUUUUUACACCGACAAGUUAUCUCACCAAUUAUUGAACGUAUUCCCAUUACUUGUGUCUUCACAACAUAUCACUACAAAUUCAGUAGUUGAGAUUUCGGCUAAUUUUGCCAUUGGGCUAAAAGCUUUGAGUGAAGAUGCUAUUGUUGGAACAAUCUACUCACUCAAUAAUCUAUUAGCUGUUACAAAAGAUGGUUCUCCAAUCCCAUUGCUCAAAGAACGUAAAAUGACCAUAUCUAGUGCAAAUGAUUUAGAUAAAAUGUUCCCUAGACAACGCAAAAAUAAUACUCUGUCGUUAAAUGACAUGAAGCUAUACCUGGGCUCAGAAAACAACAGCAGCAGUUCCCUAGUCUUCAAUAAGGCACUAGAAACAGAAGAAAAAACACUGUUUGAUACGUCUAAUACUCAUUACCAUGAUCAGCUAUUCAAAAACGCAGUUAUGGCAUGUGUUACUGUGGCUAGACACUAUGGAGAUCAAUCUAUCUCAGCACUAGCAAUUACUAUUCUUACCCAGAAGUAUAGAGCAUUGUCCGAAAAGUCAGACAAAUUAAUUCUCGAGGGUCUUGCACACAUCUUACCAUUUGUUGGCGAUAACGAAUUCAAGAUGCUAUGCAAAUUUUAUAACUCCGUUAGUUUGCAAUCUUUGAAGGAAGAGAACACGAUAAUACUAGAUGCAGUCCAAUCGGCCAGAGCAAUUAUUAGUAAAGAACUUAAGAACAGCAAUAAGGGCUCUUAUUACUUGUAUUACCUAAGAAGUAUACUAGACAUUAUUGUAAGCAGAGGUGAUGUGGAAAAACUAGAGCAUCAUAGAUCUCAUCAUGAAAUCUCAAAGGUAGCAGAACAAAUUGCCUUUUUCUUAACGCCUUUGGCGCUGCUAUUACCGGUACCUGGCGAGGAACCAUCCAUAAGGAAUAUAUUGAGUAAAGAUGCUGUUACAACAACAGCUUUCAGAAAUAUUUGGUUCAACAUGGUCAUUCAUGGAUUUUAUGCUAAAUCAGACUUAGCAUUAAAGCAUAGAAAAGAAUUGGAAAUUAUUGCAUAUAAUUCUCCUCCUCUUGUUUCUGAUUUCCCCGCAAAUAAUAGAGAAACAACGUUAGAAAUGAACACUAUUUUGCGUCGCGGAUCCUCAAACCAUAAUGUCAAAGCUCAGAAGAAUUCAAUACAGCAUGUUCUUUCUUCAAAUGUGAUAGCAACGAGAACUAUUUCCACUACAAAAAUUAUGUUUUUGGCUGCUACCUAUUUUUUGGAAUGCAUCCGUUGUGAUAUCGGUGAUUGUUCGACCAUAUUAGAGUACUUUUCUGACUCCAGUAUAGUUAACAGCAAUUUGGACAAGUUUAUUGGAUCCAUUGCCAUUUCCUUAACACAUAGGUAUUUGCAAACUGUCCCUACAGGUGAUUUGAAACUCUUUUCAUCAAAACAGAUAUCAUUCCAACUAAAAAGAAUGAUUCUAAUGCUAUCUCAUAGGGACCUUUAUUUACAGGACUGUUCUUUCCAAUGUUGUGACGUUUUCAUUAAAAAAUUACCAUCUAGUUUAUGUCAUCACGAGUCUCUUUAUGCAUUGUUAGACUCAUUAAGCAUGUUAUUUGAUAGUGUCACUGAAUUUGAAACAAGAAAGUACGAUCCAAGAUUCGAAUUUACUUUGAGAACCAGUGGAAUCAAAGUUUUGUUGACAGACUCCGAAGAAUGGAGAACUACCUCAUUCCAAAGGUUAGUGUCGAAAGCUAGAGAGUGGAUUAAAAUGCUAUUGCGGACAUCAAAUCAAGAUGGUAAGAUUUUACUACAAUCAUACAUAACUGAUGUCACAGACCUGCACAACACUAAUAUGGUUGAAUAUGGUGUUUCAUUCGCUUUAGAAAUGGCCGGAACAAUUCUCUCUGUUGAUCAUGAACCAUCUCAAAUAGGAAUUGCAAGGGUUAAGAUACAACCCAAUACUCUUUCAGGCUUUUUAUCGCAACAUGCAUGGAGAUCUAAAAUUCUUACUGAAAGAAGCACUAUGUCAUCCGCUGAAGAUAUCAAUGCUGAACGUAUCAGUCUUAAGAAUAUGAUCAUCUCCACUCUGCUUGCAAAAAAGAAAGUUAAUGAUGUUUCCAUCACCAAUUUCUUGAGUCUUUGUGGGGUUUUACUAAUUCUGAGGACCGGAGAUUCGGCUUCUUUUGUAUAUGAUCUGGUAUCAAUUCCAUUCCAAACAUUCUACGGAAAUACCAUGAAAGCAGCAACAAACGUCUGGUUAUCAUUUAUUAAGGAACGUAAGGACCUUUCGCAUUUACUCGUUUCUGAAAUUGCUACGUUUUGGUGCAAGUCCAUUGACAAUAAAUUCGGUUUGUUCAACCGCUCUAUAGAUAAGAAGGACGUGGAAUUUAGCAAGAUGGAAUACAAACCUUAUGAUAUGGAAGCCAUAAAGAGGGAAAAUAUCAAAGUCAGCAACAUUUUAAAGCCGCAUCAAGAAGUGGUCAGAUUUUUUGCAUCUCAUUUUGAAGCCACAGUGUAUGAAAGUGAUCAUUUACUCAAGUUAUUUACACAUGUUGCUUAUCAUGGAGUUUCAAACUUAGAGCAUGCAAGUCUGCAUCCAUUUGCAAGAAUGGUCAGAAAUGAACUAAUUAGUUUUGCCUUCUUAGUAUUGUUGGUGAAUGAAAAGAAAAAUACUGGUGAUGUGAAAAGACUAGCACAGGCUCUAAUUAAGGGUGCAUUGUCAUGGUUUAAAGUACGUCCAACUUGGCCGCUUGGUGGAAAUGAAUCAAAGAUUAAGGCCGAUCUAGAUGUCUUGAUUGACCUCUUCCAUCAAUUUAAAAGCCAUUCAAAAUUAUUGCUGAAGCAUACUGGAAAUUCUUAUGUGCUUUUGGAAUAUUUCAUGCUGAAUGAGAUUUUCCUGUUGAAAACCUGGCUAUAUCCUUUCGAUAAACAUGAAAAUGGCACACCAAAGCUACCUGGUGAGCUAAUAUCUCAUGCUUUCGAGUUAGAUGCUCUCUUAGCGGUUAAUUUAUGUGAAAGAUAUAGUAAUGAAAGCAAGAAUUCCGAUAAAUUGAGCAAGCUUAUCAGAAAGUCUCCAUUGAAUGCUUGCCAUAUUCACACAGCUUUGAAAUAUCUCUUAAAUGAGAGUGGAUCAAGCUCAAGCGGUAAAGGGAUUCCGCAUGAGGUUAUAUACUGGGUACCUGUCUCUCCAUCGUCAUCAAUCAAUCUUUUCCUACCACCAUGGAACAGAAACAAGUUUUUAUUACAGUACAAUUUACGUGCUCUUGAGUCUCAUGAUGUCGAGAACACAUUCUUUUACGUUCCACAAAUUGUACAGUGCCUAAGACAUGACGAUCAUAGAUAUGUGGAGAGAUUUAUCCUUGAUACCGCAAAGAUCAGUUUACAGUUCUCGCACCAGAUCAUCUGGAACAUGUUGGCUAACGAGUACCAGGAUGACGAAGCCAUGAUCGAGGACUCUAUGAAGCCAACGUUAGAAAGAAUCCGUGGUAAAAUGAUUGAUACGUAUGAUGAGGAAGCAAGACUGUACUACGAACGCGAGUUUUCAUUUUUCAACGAUGUCACAGGCAUCUCUGGUAAGUUAAAACCAUACAUCAAAAAGACCAAGGCUGAGAAGAAGCAAAAGAUUGAUGAGGAGAUGGCUAAGAUCGAGGUUCCGCUGGAUGUUUAUUUACCAAGUAACCCAGACGGAAUUGUGGUUGACAUUGAUAGAAAGAGCGGUAAGCCUUUGCAAUCGCACGCCAAAGCACCAUUCAUGGCAACUUUCAAGGUGAGAAGAGAGAAGGAGAGCGGUUCUGAUGAUGACUCUGAAAAGGUGGUUACCGAAGACGUUUGGCAAAGUGCUAUUUUCAAGGUCGGAGAUGACUGUAGACAGGAUGUCUUGGCCUUACAAUUGAUCUCAUUGUUUAGAUCUAUUUGGUCAUUCAUUGGACUCGACGUUUAUGUGUUCCCAUACAGAGUAACUGCUACUGCACCUGGUUGUGGUGUGAUUGAUGUGUUGCCAGACUCCAUCUCCAGAGACAUGUUGGGUCGUGAAGCAGUGAACGGCUUAUACGAGUAUUUUAUCAGCAAAUUUGGCAACGAGAACACCAUCGAGUACCAGCGCGCCCGGAACAACUUUGUCAAGUCGCUAGCAGCCUACAGUGUUAUCUCCUAUCUACUACAGUUCAAGGACAGACACAAUGGUAAUAUCAUGUACGAUGCCCAAGGACACUGUCUACACAUUGAUUUCGGAUUCAUCUUCGACAUCGUGCCUGGUGGAGUCAAAUUCGAGGCCGUCCCCUUCAAACUAACAAAAGAGAUGGUCAAAGUCAUGGGCGGAAACCAGAACACACAGGCCUUCAGACAGUUCGAAGAUCUUUGCGUUGCUACGUUCCUCGGCAUCAGACCCUACAUGGACCUAAUUGUAGAUUUCAUCGUUCCAAUGCUAGAAAGCAGCCUACCCUGCUUCAAAGCGCAGAAGACAAUCAAGAAUUUGAAGAACAGGUUCGUUCCGGGUAAGACCCCACACGAGGCCUCCCAGCAUAUGAGGCAGUUGAUACGCAAGAGUUACGAAUCAAUGUUCACCAAGGGUUACGAUGAGUUCCAAAGAUUGACGAAUGGAAUUCCAUACUGA